AUGAACCGGCAGCUACUGCACAUUGUGACAGCCUUGUUUGCAUUUUUCUUAGAAACAAAUCGCUUCAGGACGGCUUUCUGCAAAGACCAUGACUCCAGGUCCGCAAAACCGCCUUCGCAGACUCUGUCUCCCUCGGAUUUCUUGGACAAAUUGAUGGGAAGGACAUCGGGAUAUGAUGCAAGAAUCCGGCCAAAUUUUAAAGGUCCUCCAGUAAACGUUACUUGCAAUAUUUUUAUCAACAGUUUCGGAUCAGUCACAGAAACCACCAUGGACUAUCGAGUCAACAUCUUUCUGAGACAACAAUGGAAUGACUCACGGCUGGCGUACAGUGAGUACCCAGACGACUCCCUGGACUUGGACCCAUCUAUGCUAGACUCCAUUUGGAAACCAGAUCUGUUCUUUGCCAAUGAGAAGGGGGCCAACUUCCACGAUGUCACCACCGACAACAAAUUGCUACGGAUUUCAAAAAACGGCAAAGUGCUGUACAGUAUCAGACUCACCUUGACGUUAUCCUGCCCCAUGGACUUGAAGAACUUUCCAAUGGACGUGCAGACGUGUACAAUGCAGCUGGAGAGUUUUGGGUACACGAUGAAUGACCUGAUAUUUGAGUGGCUAAGUGAUGGCCCAGUGCAAGUUGCGGAAGGGUUGACGUUGCCUCAGUUUAUUUUGAAAGAAGAGAAGGAACUUGGCUACUGCACAAAGCACUACAACACCGGAAAGUUUACUUGCAUUGAGGUCAAGUUUCACCUGGAACGCCAGAUGGGCUAUUAUCUGAUUCAGAUGUAUAUCCCCAGCCUGUUGAUAGUCAUUUUAUCCUGGGUCUCCUUUUGGAUAAACAUGGAUGCAGCCCCUGCCAGGGUCGCACUGGGCAUCACCACCGUCUUAACGAUGACCACCCAAAGUUCAGGUUCCAGGGCAUCUCUGCCAAAGGGGAACGUGAAAUCAGGAUUGAGACAGGAGGAAUACACGGAGGCAGAAACAUGGCGUGUGAUUUCUAAGAAGCCCUGGAGUGCCUUUGACCACAGCUGUGUAUGA